CAAAGAAAUUUAACAACCAAGAGAAACAGUACCCAAGCAACAAACUACAAUGGUUAUGCACCUAUAUUUUGUUCAGUCAGACUCCUCUUAUAUUUUGAUCAAAAAAUUGGAAAGAUAAGCUCUUUUAUACCAUCCUAACAGCAGACAUGAGACGAACAUUACAGUUAACAGUUUACUUUUACAUUUUAUCUUGUGUAUUGGAAGAUACCUCAGCACAAAAAGAAGCAGAAGCUUUGCUAAGCUGGAAAAACAGUUUAGACCCUCCCUCUCCCCCUUCGUGGACUGUCACCAGCAACAGCAGCAGUCCAUGCAACUGGACUGGAAUUCAAUGCAAUGAAGCCGGAAGCGUUAUUGGGAUAAAUCUAGCAAGCUCGGGCCUCAAUGGAACACUCAACAGGUUUGACUUCUCUGCCUUCCCCAAUCUAACUUCCCUUGAUCUCAAUCUCAACAAUAUUGUAGGAGACCUUCCAGCUGGAAUUGGAAAUGCAACAAAACUCACUUUUCUUGAUUUGGGUAGCAACAAUUUAACAAAUCCAAUUCCUCCGGAGAUUGGAAAUCUCCUAGAACUCCAAGUUCUUCAUCUCUAUAACAAUUCAUUCACUGGUCCAAUUCCAUACGAGCUUAGCAAUCUGCAGAAGGUGUGGGUUCUGAACCUCGGAGCCAACUUUCUAGAGAACCCUGACCCAGUUCAGUUUAAGGGUAUGGCAUCUUUAACUGAUCUAGGGCUCAACCUCAACUCCCUGGUGGAAGUUCCCUUGUUUAUUACUAAAUGUCCAAAGCUUAUAUUUCUCGAUUUUUCUGAUAAUCUAAUAGCGGGUCAGAUUCCAGUGCAAUUACUGACUGGUCUUGAAAACCUUCUAUUUCUUAACUUGACAAAAAAUUCAUUUGAAGGACCGGUUCCAACAGAAUUUUGGAACUUAACAAAACUUCAACAUCUGAGGCUCGGGAUAAACAAGCUGAAUGGUACUAUAGCAGAUGAAAUAGGGUUCAUGUCGAACCUCGAAAUACUUGAAUUGCAUGAGAAUCUAUUUCAUGGACCAAUACCAUCUGCAAUUGGAAAUCUCAGGAAACUUCAGGUUCUAAAGCUUCAGGAUGCAGGGUUGAAUUCCAGCAUCCCAAAACAACUUGGCUUCUGCACCAACCUUACCAUUAUUGACCUGUCAACGAACAGCUUUACAGGUUCUUUGCCACUUUCCCUGGCCUCAUUAACACAACUCACUGAUCUGGGAAUGUCUGAUAAUCAACUAUCUGGGCAAAUUCAUCCGUUUCUCCUAUCCAACUGGUCACAACUCAUUUCCUUGCAACUGCAGAUCAAUAAUCUCUCUGGAACUAUUCCAUCUGAAAUUGGAUCCCUCCAUAAGCUCCAAUAUUUGUUCCUAUUUCAGAACAAUUUUUCAGGUCCCAUACCACAGGAGAUAGGAAACUUGUCAAAUUUGUUGGCGCUUCAAUUGACCAACAAUUUUUUUACUGGUUCCAUACCUUCAACCAUCAGAAAUUUAUUAAGUCUCAAGAGAAUAAAUCUCUCUAACAACCAUCUGAAUGGGACCAUUCCUCCAGAAACAGGUUACAUGAAAAGCUUAGAAUAUCUAGACUUCAGUCUAAACAAACUGCAAGGAACCUUGCCAUCAUCAAUAACCCAAUUGAAAAAUAUUGCAAUAUUCUAUGUUGCAUUCAACAACAUCUCAGGAAGCAUUCCUGAAGAUUUUGGCCCCAUUUCUUUGACAAAUGUGAGCUUCUCAUACAAUGGUUUCUCAGGCAAGAUUCCUCCAGGAAUUUGUAGAGGUGGGAAUCUCAUCUACUUAACAGCCAACCAAAAUCAACUAGUGGGACCAAUCCCUGAGAGCCUGAAAAAUUGCACAGGACUAAAGAGAGUCCGGCUUGAACAGAAUCUUCUUGAUGGAGAUAUCACGAAUGCAUUCGGGGUAUACCCAGAUCUUGAAUACAUUGACUUGGGAGAAAACCAGCUUUCGGGUAUGCUGUCAUCAAACUGGGCAGAGUGUACAAAGCUUGCUUACUUCAGCAUAUCUAAGAAUCAGAUACAAGGUGAAAUCCCACAGGAGCUCCAAAAGUUGGCAUUUCUGCAGAGUUUCGACCUUUCCGAUAACGGACUGAUGGGGAAGAUUCCAAGGGGGAUGUUCAGUUCAUCUUCAAUUUUGUAUAAGCUCAAUUUGAGUUAUAAUCAGCUCUCAGAAACAAUACCAGCAGAGACUGGAACAUUGUCAUGGCUACAACAGUUGGAUUUGUCAGCAAACCUUCUAAGUGGCCCCGUACCAGCGUCGCUUGGAAAUUGCAGUGCACUCAUAUUAUUGAAACUGAGUAAUAACAAAUUAAAUGGGACGCUUCCAUACCAGCUCGGGAAUCUAGUGGCUUUGCAGUCCCUCUUAGACCUCAGUCAAAAUUCAAUCACUGGAGAUAUACCCACACAACUCGGAAAUUUAGGAUCAUUGGAAAUCCUGAAUCUUUCACAUAAUUACUUCUCUGGUUCAAUACCUUCCUCUUUUCAAGAUCUUAAAAGCCUUCAACAUGUUGAUGUGUCGUAUAACAAUCUUGAAGGUCCCUUGCCAGACACUAGAGCCUUCCAGCAAGCUACUCCUGAGGAAGUGGCAGGCAAUCCCAAUUUGUGUGGUGAAAGGGGACAAGGGUUGAGUCCUUGCAAUAGAGACACUUCAUCCGGAAAGCAUGACAAACGCAUCAGAUGGAAGCUGAUAAUUUCCAUAGUCAUUCCAAUAGCAGUUUCUGCAAUUUUACUAGUUUUGUUCAUAAUCUUCAUCAUGCAUCGGAAUCCCAGAUCUGACCUAGAUGUAGAGCAAAAGGACUCCGGAUACAAAUGGUCGUUCUCUGUGUGGAACUACAAAAUGAGAAUAGAGUACAAGGACAUAGUUACGGCAACAGAGAAUUUCAAUGACAAGUGCUGCAUAGGAAGGGGUGGACAAGGGUCUGUGUACAGAACAAUGCUUCCAACCGGAGAUGUCUUUGCUGUAAAGCGUCUACACCCAUGUGAGGAAAAUGAGUUCCCUGAAGACUACCAGAAGAAGAACUUCAACUCAGAAUUGCUAGCAUUGACUGAAAUUAGGCAUCGGAACAUUGUAAAACUUUUUGGGUUCGGUUCAAUUAAAGAGUCCAUGUUCUUCAUGUACGAGUACAUAGAGAAAGGCAGUUUGGCAAAGUUGUUGUAUGAAGAGAAUGAGGCCAAGCUUUUGAACUGGAAUUUGAGAUUAAAGAUCAUCAGCGGGGUGGCACACGCUCUUUCUUAUUUGCACCAUGAUUGCACACCCCCUGUUGUGCACCGGGACAUAUCAGCGAAUAACAUUUUAUUGGAUUCAGAGCAUGAGCCUAAGAUCUCUGACUUUGGGAUAGCAAGGUUGCUGAGAGAAGGCGAGUCUUACCGGACAGUUCCAGUUGGUUCAUACGGUUACAUAGCACCAGAACUUGCUACCACGAUGAAGGUGACAGAGAAAUGUGAUGUGUACAGUUUCGGAGUUGUUACAUUAGAACUAGUAAUGGGGAAGCACCCUGGCGAACUCCUCUCACGUCUGCAAUCUGGAAGAUAUGAUUUGCUCCUUGCAGAUGUACUGGAUAAACGGCUAACACCUCCAUCUGCUCCCAUUCUGCAAGAUCUGGUCUUGGCACUGACUAUAGCUUUGUCAUGCAUUCGUGAGAAUCCUAUGUCUCGACCCACCAUGCAUCGAGUAUCUAGUGAACUUUCAGCAGGCACAUGUAUGCCUCUCUCUGCACCUUUUGACAUGAUCACAUUGCAGAAUUUAAUGGAAACAUUUUUGGGUAGCCACCAUUAGGAGCUUUUGGUUAUGAAUAAAUUUCCAGCGGCGUCUGAGAAUAUCAGCAAAAUAAGUUAGCUUUUGGUUAUGUAUAAAUUUCCAACAUUGUCUGAGUAAAAUAAGUUGCUCAUAUCUCUUUGUUACCUCCAAAAAUGUAUGCCUAAACAAUAGCCAUAUGUAUAAAUAUAACCAGAUAUAUACACAAAUACACAAGUGUAGUGCAUAUG